AUGGCUGAGCAAUGUUUAGGGCCUGGGAUUGCUGUAAAUUUUGGUGAAUUGAAGGCUUUGGUUGGUGAUGAUGCUUCGGGCUGCCAUUGUGGUCCUCCAUAUGAGUGGCUGGUGUACAACACUCUGGGUGGCAGUCAUGGAGUGCCUAAAGUACACUAUAAAGGAAAGCAAGGAGACUAUUAUGUGAUGGUUUUGGACAUACUAGGGCCUAGCUUAUGGGAUGUAUGGAAUUCUUCAGGGCAAGCGAUGUCUUCAGAAAUGGUAGCUUGUAUUGCAGUUGAGUCUUUAUCAAUCCUAGAGAAGACGCACUCACGAGGUUAUGUGCAUGGAGAUGUAAAAUCGGAAAACUUUUUACUGGGCAAGCCAUCUACACCACAAGAGAAGAAGUUGUUUCUUGUUGACCUUGGAUUAGCGACAAAGUGGAGGGACAGUGCUAAUGGGCAGCAUGUUGAAUAUGAUCAGCGGCCUGAUAUGUUUAGAGGAACUGUGAGAUAUGCUAGUGUUCAUGCUCACUUGGGAAGAACUGCCAACAGAAGAGACGAUCUAGAGUCUCUUGCAUAUACACUCAUCUUUCUUCUUGCCAAACGAUUUUUAUAUCUCCUUUGUUUUUAA